AUGAAAGACCAGUUGCCCCGUUACCUCAUGCCUACAGCUGAUAUGAGGAAAGCCAUCGAUAGGAACACCAAACAAGAUGAAGACCUAUCGCUUGUAUUAGAACAGCUUGACAAGGAGAAGAAGAUGGCUUUGAAGCAAAUUGUUAGAAGACAGGAAGCUUUCAAGAAGCAGAUACUCAAACGGAGAGAAAGUUUGCCUCAAAAGAUCAGCGCAGUUCAGGUUUACGGGAAUGGACAAAAACCUGCUGAUAGAGAACGACCACACCAUGAAGAGUUAACUCAAACCAAACGUCCAAUCCACAGAACCGUUUCUUUGGAUGAAACCUGCAGCACUUCCAGUGAGCCUCUAUCCGUGCUAAUCAAAAGGCACAGUCUUCCAGCCUCACCAUUUCCACGCCAUAACAGUGCAGACUCAAUCCACUUCACCUCUAAGCCAGGCGCUGUGCUAUCUUCGCGUCAACAAACAGAUAACUUCCUGAUCAUGCCCAGCAUUAUAUAUCACCAAAAGAAAUCCUGGCAAGAAUACAAAGAGGGAGACCCUAAAGAUACGACAGUUGACCAAACUGGCACAAAAUUACAGGGUAAUACUUUUAAAAAUGCGAUUCGCAGGCAUUCAGACGUCACCGCCAUGACCGCUGUUGAAACGACGAGUAAUCAAAGAUUGCUUCAAAGACGAAAACUUAGUGAAUACAGUGAAGUGUCUUCAAAUAAGACGUACAUUAAUGAGUCCUUAACGAGACUGUAAACGUGUUUGUGAACGAGUAUUUUUCAGUAGUUUUUCUAUGAGGAUUUUUUUUGUAAAUAAGACUAGACUAGCUGAAUGAAAUUAAAGUGUGUUAUGAAUGACAAGUUCUGAUACUUUUCGCGUUUUUGAACACACACGUUGUUUCUUUAUGAAAGAUCGAAACGGAAUCGGCCUAAAGCGGUUGUGCAAAUAGCCAAGUUAAAUUCUUGCAUUGCCGUAAAUGCACAAACAUUGCUUCCCAAACUGAACACCGUAAACGAAUAAUUUUGAAUGAAGCAACUGAGUUCGCCCCUUGCAGCCUCCGUCUACAAACGCUUCAUUUUCGACAUUUGGAAACUAUUCCAUUUUCGGAAAAAAGUUAAAAAAAAAAAGAUUUGUUGUGUGCGUGCAGCUGAAUAAAACAAAAUUCGAAGUGCUUGGAAUGGAUUUAACGAACAUCCACUCGCAAACCGUUUUGGAAAGGAACAGGGAACUAAAGUAUGGUGACCGAGAUAGACACUAAUAUUCUCUAAGUCCAAUUUUUACGCGCUCAGCCUCACAUACCGCUGAGAUCAGCAGCGUUGAAACUCCAUCUUGAAUAUAAAGAGCGAAAAAUAAAAUAAAAUCUCAGUUGAGUCCAUGCAAGAUUUAAUUUUCACUUGUAUAAAACCUGGAGUAGGAUGUAAUGGGUGCGUGAGCACCGCGCGCACACUCGAGGCACGUAAGUACCUCCGGCCUGAUUGUAGUCCUUGAAUAGAGAAAAAUACCGCUUUCAAUUCCAUAGCGUUUAAAAGAACAAUGCCGGCUACGAGAUUAACGACAGAAGAGUAAAUCACAAUCUUAAUGAAAACAAUAGCGUUUAAAGCCUGCUACUAAGAAAAACGUGUAACAAACUCCUCGAGAGAUGAAGCGCGUGAAAAUCGUGCACGGUAUGCGAGAGCAGUACACCCGAUCGUCUGUAUCAUGAUUGGUUUUGGAUAACUUGACACAACUGAACAAUCAGCCGUAGUUCAAAGAACAUAAAUACUGAAAUAAUCUCAUCAUGAGUCCAGCCGUUUUUCCCGAUUAAUCCAUUUCAGGUUACGGGACCCUGAGGAGCCUCCUGGUUCCUCAGGAUCAGGGUUUCAAUCUGCAUGCGAGAGUUUCUCAUCCGAGCGACACUCUGAAGCUCCAAGCAGUAACUUCUUGUAGAGCAGCUUGAAAUUGUUGGAGUGAAACUAAUCAAAUAGGUUCUUUCAUGACUCGUUAAGAACAAAGAUUUUAACUUAAUGGGAUUAAAAGCCCCGGGGACGCUAAAGGACAUAACUGAGUAAUUAUUCACGCGCUCACUCGCUGUUUCUUUAUGAUGAGGCGAUGUUUUAAGGGGGCGGGUAGGGGGCGGGUGCUGAGAUCGGUUGUCCGUGAAGAGAAAAAACCUAACUGAAAACAGGUUAUAAGUUAUCUCUGAGCUAAUAAAUAAGUGCACAAGAUCGGUUCUAAUCUUUAUUGGAAAUUUUGCCUUUUGUGGGAAUGAUCUUGAGAUCUUGAAUCCCCUUUCCUGUAACCUUAUAGAAUUUCCUAAAUAGUCACGCGUUUUAUUUGAAAUUUAGGCUUAAUUUCAUCGCUGCAGAUUCAUAAGUAUAAAACUUUUCUUACUGUGCACUGCAAAAUGCGACAAACUCUUUCAAAUUGCAUCCACCGCUUCAAGCUCAAACUUUCAAAUACAAUUAAGUAUCACUGAAUUUGAACUCUUUUCAAAAUUACAUGUCAAAGUAUUCUAAACAAUAUAAAGUUAUUUAGAGAAGUGAAAAACUUGAAAUCUUUAAUCAAGAUUUAAGAGACUACAUUUUUUAUUCGAGUAAGGAAUGUGAGCGUGAAUACUACGGUUAAGCCCAUUGUCAAUUCCCAUCCCGCCAAAAUUUUCUCCUUAAGCUGUGCUUUUGAAAACGCUUUUCUAAGUAAAAAGACUGCAAAACGCCAGCUAUGUAUACGCCGUUAUAUGUGGAAAGAAAACGUUUUGAGUACGAAGCUUUGCGAAUACGCUGACACCGAGGCAGUCCCUUAAUAUACCUGGGCGGGAUGAUUAGAAUAUUAUGCUCGCAUCUAGACAGUUCCAAUUUAGAUUCCUAAGCCAUUCAUAAUGCCAUCCAUCACAAUUUGUCAAAGUGACUUUGUUUGAGGUCAGUUAUUGUUCGUUUGAAUUCGUAGUUCGAUAAUCAGUAAUAUUUCAUCGAAUAUGCCGCACAGGUCACAGGGAGGAAUAUUAACGGUUCAGUUUGGUAGGUAGUGAGUUUAAGUUAACAAAAUCAUGCAAAGUUAUUGUGCAGUAUACUUAAAACAGCACUAAAUUUGCUUGCUUCCAGUAAGUAAGGGCUUUAUAAUACAAAGGUAAAGCUAAUGAGAUUAGUGAUAAUAACAUUGAAAAUUAAUCAGAUAACUACAUAUACGUCGAGGAUCAUUCUAGUGUAAUUUCCACCGCUUUACUUUGACCAAUUUCCUGCUUGCGGAAAAGGUAUCUGAUAGUCAUCUGUGACAACAUUUCCAUCAUCUUUUACGACAUAAACAAGCUCUUUUUUUUUUUUUAAUAAACCUGCAUUCCUACAAAAAGAUUAUGCAGUACUGAAGCGCCGAUAAAAUCUUUUAUUGGAGAGUUGAAUUAUUAUAUUUUGUUUCUGAACAAUACACUAAGAAGAAUGCAUCUUCACCAUAUAAAAGCAAGCACUAAGCUUUGUAGUAUCAUCGCUUAACACCUCACACAUUGUGAACGCACUCAGUGUAUUUCUGUGUUCAGACAUGAAGGACCAGUUGCCCCGUUACCUCUUGCCUACAGCUGAUAUGAGGAAAGCCAUCGAUAGGAACACCAAACAAGAUGAAGACCUGUCGCUUGUGUUAGAACAGCUUGAUAAAGAGAAGAAGAUGGUUUUGAAGCAAAUUGUCAGAAGACAGGAAGAUUUCAAGAAGCAGAUACUCGAACGGAGAGAAAGUUUGCCUCAAAAGAUCAACGCAGUUCAGGUUUACGGGAAUGGACAGAAAAAUGCUGAUAGAGAACGACCACACCCUGAACAGUUGACCCAAACCAAACGUCCAAUCCGCCGCAGAACUGUUUCUUUGGAUGAAACUCUCGCCUCUUCAAGUGAGCCUCUAUCCGUGCGAAGCAAAAGGCACAGUCUUCCAGCCUCACCAUUUCCACGCCAUAACAGUGCAGAC